AUGACCAACCAAGAGGAGAAAAUAGAUUCCAAUUUAAGCACACUUCGAGACAAUACCAAUCAACUCGAAACUCGUUUCGAUACGUUACGCGAGGACGUUAUUUCAAAAUUAAAUGAAUGUAGUGAUUGUAUUAAAUCUGCUAAAAAACUAUAUCAUCAAGCAACAGAAAUGACUACGGUCUUAGAAAACAAAUUAGUUAAUGCAUCAAAUGAAGAAAAAGAAUGGAAAGAUAUCAAAGUUAAAUUAGCAACAACAUCAAUUAAAGGCAGAGUUAAACUAGAUGUUGGAGGUGAGAAAUUUUCUACGAGUGUUGACACAUUAACAAGUGAAAAAAACACUUUUUUCACUGCCCUCUUCUCUAAACAGUGGCAACUCGACAAAGAUCCUGAUGAUGGAAGUAUAUUCAUCGAUCGAAAUGGAAAAAUCUUUACUUAUAUUCUUGAAUAUUUGCGUACAAAUGCUGUGCCACCUAAUGCUAUGAAAGAUGAAAUAUUUCUAAAUAGUCUUGUCAUCGAAGCCGAAUAUUUUCGUUUACAUUCUCUAAUCGCUACAUUAACGAAUAUUUAUGGUUUUGAUGAAACAUUACUUCAUCCAGACCACAAGAAGAAACUAAAUGAAUUUUAUGGUAAGAAUAAUCAACGAUGGCAACUGAUUUAUAAAGCGUCACGUGAUGGAUUUGAUGCAAAUGCAUUUCAUUCACGUUGUAAUAAUAAAGGACCAACAAUGACGAUUAUUCAAUCAAAUAAUAACUAUCUUUUUGGAGGUUAUACAGCUAUUCCAUGGACUUCGAAUAAUGUAUAUGCGAAUGAUACUACAGCAUUUUUAUUUACUUUGACCAAUCCUCACAAUAUUCCGCCAACUAAAUACCUCAUUAAUCCUGAUAACAUAGCAAAUGCAGUUUAUCAUCAUAGUGGCUAUGGCCCAACAUUUGGAAGCGGUCACGAUAUCCACUUAGCAAAUGCUAGUAAUUCAAACAAUUCAAGCUACAUUGGUUUCCCUUCUGGAUACCUCGAUACAACUGGAAAGAGUAAUAAUACAUUUACUGGAGCUCGAAAUUUUAUCGCAUCUGACAUUGAGGUUUUCAAAUUAGCUUAA